AAGAGUUUUUUUUUUUUAACUUUUAACUCUCUUCGUUUCGUCUUCUCUCUCUCGCGCCGUGUCAAAUCAAUCACUGUUUCUCUCUCCUAUCUGGGUAUGGAUUUGGAUUAUGAUCGGUUUAAGUUGUUCGUUGGUGGUAUUGGGAAAGAGACUAGUGAAGAAGCUUUGAAGCAGCAUUUUAGCAGAUAUGGAGUUGUGUUGGAAGCUGUUGUAGCUAAAGACAAAGUCACUGGAGUAUCCAGAGGGUUUGGGUUUGUUCGUUUUGCUAAGGAUUAUGAUGUUGUUAAAGCUCUUAAAGACACUCACUUCAUUCUCGGUAAAUCCGUUGAUGUGAGAAAGGCUAUUCGGAGACAUGAGUUUAUAUAUCAGAAUCGGUUUAGCAUUCCUCUAUUAGAGGGCAAAGUUCAACAUCAACAGAACAAUGGUGGUUUGCAUGAGAUGCCGAGUAAUGGUAUGAUGCCGAGUAAUGGUACUGCUACGCAUAGGACGAAGAAGAUAUUUGUUGGAGGUUUGUCGUCUAGCACGACUGAAGAAGAGUUCAGGAGCUACUUUGAGAAGUUUGGUCGGACGACUGAUGUUGUUGUGAUGCAUGAUGGUGUGACAAACAGGCCAAGGGGUUUUGGGUUUGUUACAUAUGAUUCGGAGAAAUCUGUUGAGGUUGUUAUGAAGAGUAGUUUCCAUGAGUUGAGUGAUAAGCGUGUGGAAGUGAAAAGUGCAAUACCUAAAGAAGGAAUCCAGAGCAAUAAUGGUAAUCUUAACGUUCCUCCUACCUACAGCAGCUUUCAACCAACACCUUAUGUCCCAGAACAGAACGGAUAUGGGAUGGUUUUACAGUAUGCUCCCGUCUUUGGUUAUCAUCAGAGUGUCCAAGCCCCUCAGUAUCCUUAUGGUUACCAAUUCACAGCUCAAGUGCCUAAUGUUCCUUGGAACAAUCUGGUUGUGCAACCCACUGGUUUUUACUGCCCUCCUCCUCCUCCUCCUCCUCCUCCUCCUCCCACCAACACUCUUGGUUAUCUCCCUUACAUGAACGGGUUUGAUUUUUCGGGUACGAGAAUUCCAGGGUACAAUCCUGUACCAUGGCCUGUAACAGGGGAUGCAGCUGGUGGGCUAAUACAUCAGUUUGGAGAUUUGAAGCUCGGGGUCGCUAGCCAAGCCCAUCAGAGAAUGAGUGGAGGUAACAUGGGAAACCCAUUGCAGAAUGGUAGAUAUAGAUGACAGUUGCAGAUGAUAAAUGCAGUUAGGCUCACAAGGUUAGUGAAAUUCUUUGGACUCUUCAAAAUGGUUUCCUUUUUUCUAGGUUACUCUUCUUUCUUCAUUAACUCUUUGGUAAAUGCGUUGCUUGGUAUGGUUGCCUUGUAUAUUUGUUUAGGUAUUUGAUUUUAAUCCCAAAGACAUCUGUAAUAUAUUACUGCGUUGUAAUAUAUCACACACUCAUUUCGUUUAU